UUUGUGGCGGCGGCCGGUGUGAUUGACAGCAGUUGGGGUCCAGUGACAGGCGGACACGCACGCUGCUCCGCUCUCAGUCGCCUCAUGUCGAUUGACGUGCUGACGCGCGGUGCAGGUACGGCGCGGUACUAGACGGUGCAGUGCGGUGCGCGGGUGGGCGUGUAGUGACUCUUGCGGCGCGACAUUGUAGUGGUGUAACGAGUGAAGCAAGCACAGUACUCUUGGGUGACAUGGCUCAGCCUGCCAGGUACGACGACGGGCUCGGGCACUACGCCGGGAGCGGGGCGAAUAUGGAGGCCGUAGCCAACAUGUACGGGGACCCGCACCGCAGCGCGGCGGCGGCGGCCCUACAACCUGCGGCCCUCAUGAACCACAUGAACCACGUGGGAAGUGCGGCCCACGGCGCGGCCAUGUACGCCCACUCUCAGGCCUCCAACCACGUGGCGGCCAACCACGUCAUGGGCUCCGUGCCCGACGUUCACAAACGAGACAAAGACCUUAUAUAUGGGCAUCCUCUGUUCCCGCUCCUUGCUCUCAUCUUCGAGAAAUGCGAACUGGCCACAUGCACGCCGAGGGAGCCAGGUGUCGCGGGCGGGGACGUCUGUUCAUCGGAAUCCUUCAACGAAGAUAUUGCCGUCUUUUCGAAGCAGGUGCGACAGAUAGUGAGGUCAGAUUCUGUGUUCAGAUCCUCAUAUCAGUGGAAUCGUCGGGAGUUAAUGAGUUUAGCGGGCCACGGCGGGUCGGGUGAUGGGUCAGGUCAGCGCGAGGGCGGGGCGGAGGUCAGGCCAGGUCGCCUCUGGCCCCGGGGAGCCCGGCACCGAGGCGCGGCGCCCGUGACAGGAGCCGCCGACCCGCCCGCGGAACCCGACGGUUAA